UUUAUGUACAACAUAUAUAGGUAUACUUGAUGAAAAAGCUAACUUGUUGCCAUUAUUGGCUUUUAUGGAGAUUAAUUUGAGUUGGGGUUUCAUUUUCCAAUUUGAAUGUGAAAUUUCUAUAAGCUGACCAAAAGCUUGACUGAGGAAAAGUUGGUUUGACCUUGUUUUGAAAAACAAGAAGAAAAAGAGUAUAAAUUUUACCUCUUCCUCUUGAGUUUUUCAUAGUUACGGGCUGUACUUGGUCUUAGUUUUUGUUGUGAUUUGAAAAAGCAACUAAAGCAAGAGUUUCGAUUGGAGAAGCUUAUUUGUGUUUCUGGAUACAAUUCAUACCUUAGAAAACUGUUACAGGUGGUUUGUUUUACUUUAAAUUAAGCCUUAAUUUGAUUUUAUCAGUAGUAGUUUGUAGUGGAUUCAUCAUCUUCAUCAUUGUGGUGACUGGUGUAGUGCAGGACUAAACCUAUGUAUCUGUGACUUAAAAUUCUUGAGGUGAAGUUGUUCUUGGGUGGUUAAUAGAUGUGGAAAUUUCUGAAGGUUGUGUGGUGAGAUGAGGGAUGUUAUCGGAGUUGAUGAAUUAUUUGACGGCCUGCUUUCGGCCAAGUUCGGAUCGAUAUGCGCGCAGCGGUUCAGAUGCUGGAGGUAAACAGGACGGGCUCUUGUGGUACAAAGACUCGGGGCAGCACUUGAAUGGUGAGUUUUCAAUGGCUGUGGUCCAAGCCAACAACUUGUUGGAGGAUCAGAGUCAUAUUGAAUCAGGCAGUUUGAGCUCCAGUGAAUCGGGCCCUUAUGGUACCUUUGUUGGUGUCUAUGAUGGGCAUGGAGGGCCUGAGACAUCACGGUUUAUCAAUGACCACCUAAUUCACCAUCUCAAGAGGUUUACUGCAGAGCAACAAUCAAUGUCAGUGGAUGUAAUUCGCAAGUCAAUCCAAGCAACAGAAGAGGGAUUUAUGUCACUUGUUGCCAAACAGUGGUCAAUGAAACCACAAAUUGCAGCUGUUGGGUCAUGCUGUCUUGUCGGUGUUAUUUGUAAUGGAACCCUUUAUAUCGCAAAUCUUGGUGAUUCCCGGGCUGUUUUGGGAAGAGCAGUCAAGGCAACUGGGGAGGUUUUAGCCAUGCAAUUGUCCGCAGAGCAUAAUGCAGCAAUAGAGUCUGUAAGACAUGAGCUGCAAUCUUUACACCCUGAUGACUCACACAUUGUUGUUUUGAAGCAUAAUGUAUGGCGUGUGAAGGGCAUUAUUCAAGUUUCUAGAUCUAUUGGUGAUGUAUAUCUUAAAAAGGCGGAGUUCAAUAGAGAACCUCUAUAUGCAAAGUUUCGACUUCGCGAGCCUUUCAAGAGGCCAAUAUUGAGCUCAGAACCAUCAAUAUCAGUGCACCAGUUGCAGCCACAUGAUCAGUUUAUUAUAUUUGCAUCUGAUGGUCUCUGGGAGCACCUUAGCAAUCAAGAAGCAGUUGAUAUAGUUCAAAACAAUCCCCACAGUGGAAGUGCAAGGAGGCUGGUGAAAGCUGCACUUCAAGAAGCGGCAAAGAAGAGAGAAAUGAGAUAUUCAGACCUAAAGAAAAUCGACCGCGGGGUUCGCAGGCAUUUCCACGAUGAUAUCACAGUGAUUGUUGUGUUUAUUGACUCAAAUCUUGUGAGUAGGGCAAGCUCUGUCAAGUUCACCAGUAUUUCUGUUAGAGGGGGUGGUAUCACCCUGCCUCCAAACACACUGGCUCCUUGUACAACACCAACUGAGGCUGGUGCUGCCUGAUUUAAGUUGUAUCUUUAUCUUUUCCUUUUGCUGUAUCAUUUUCUUGGGUGAAUAUCAUGUAUCUUCAAAUAACAAUGAGAGGAGCAGCACUUCAAUUCUUUAAAUGUGAACUGUAACUUACUAGAAUACUAAUACUCAUGUUUAGGUUCUUUCCCACAAAUUUAAGAAGAACAGAAGAGAUAUUCUGAUGACCAUUA